CUACUUAUAAUAACAGCAGCAAUUAUUACAGUAGAAUUAUAAUUAUGAAAAUAGGGAUAGUAAUGUGACUAAUAAUAAUAAUGGAAGUAGCAGUGGGUGUCAGUCGGCUCACAGCAGGAGGCACGACUACGGUCCAGGUACCACAACGAUUCAUGGAAACCUGCAGAGCGAGAAAGCAAAAGGGCUUCAGGGUGGAAGUAAAGCUAAAAUGCUUAAUGGUACAGGUAUGUAUCAUUUUGAUGCUGUCUUGGCCAUGUAGAAUAACUGAUGCAAAUAUUGCCCUCUUGAACUUUUCCUUGUGUCGUCUGUUCUACACGUCCUUGUGUUGUCUCACUCUUUCUCCCUGCCCAGUCCUGCAUCUUUCCAUCCGUCUUCCCGGCACAGAGGCUGAGCACCAUGUUUACGGAGGUGCUGGUUGCUCUGGUGAUUGGGGGGCUGAUAUUCUUCCUGGUUCAGAGGAGCAGGACCCAGGUUCUGAAGACGGAGGAUGGCUGGUGGGGGGCCGGCGCGCCCCCUGACGGCGGGGAGGACGACGCCAUUCGCCCGUUUAAAGUCUCCACCAGCGACGAGGAGCUGGAGGACCUAUACAGGAGGAUAGACCAGACUCGCCCCGUCCCUUCCCUAGAGGACAGCCAGUUUAAUUAUGGCUUCAACUCCCAGUACCUGCAGAAGGUGGUCUCCUACUGGAGAAAUGACUUUGACUGGAGGAGGCAAGUUGACAAGCUGAACCGGUACCCCCACUUCAAAACCAACAUCGAAGGCAUUGAUAUCCAUUACUUGCACGUGAAGCCCAAGAAGGUGCCUGAGGGAUCUACUGCUGUUCCUCUGAUAAUGGUCCACGGCUGGCCCGGCUCCUUCUACGAGUUCUAUGGAUUGAUCCCUCUGCUGACAGAACCAUCGGACCCACAGGAUCUUGUGUUUGAGGUGGUGUGUCCCUCCAUACCGGGGUACGGUUUUUCUGAAGCACCACAUAAGAAAGGUUUUGAUUCAGUUUGUGCGGCACACAUCUUCCACAAACUGAUGAAGCGCCUGGGCUUCCAGCGGUUCUACGCUCAUGGAGGAGACUGGGGCUGGCUGGUCACCACCAACAUGGCUCAGCUGGAGCCCAAGAUAGUCAAAGGCUUGCAUGUGAACUUUGCCCCGCCCUCCAAGCCGGGCCUGCCCAUGUCUUUAUCCAUUAUGCUCGGCCGUCGCUUCCCGAAGAUGUUUGGCUUCACUGACAUGGACAUUCAGCGCCUUUAUCCCUGCAUGGAGAAACUGGUGGUGGAGUCCAUCAAGGAGUCUGGCUACAUGCACAUCCAGGCCACCAAGCCUGACACCGUGGGUAGAGGACUAAAUGACUCCCCAGUGGGUCUUGCUGCCUACAUUCUGGAGAAGUUCUCCACCUGGACGAGUCGCGACUUCAGGAACCUGGAGGACGGAGGACUCACAAGGAAGUUCUCUCUGGAUGACCUGCUGACUAAUGUGAUGAUCUAUUGGACGUCUGGCUGCAUCGUCUCCUCCAUGAGGUUCUACAAGGAAAACUUUGGCAAAGGCCUCAACCAGCCCCACUCUAAGAUGCCUGUGUACGUCCCCACUGGGUUCGCCUGCUUCCCCAACGAGCUGAUGCACACUCCCAAACUCUGGGUCGAGCAGAAAUACCGCAAACUCUUGACCUUCACGCCCAUGGCCCGCGGCGGCCACUUUGCUGCCAUGGAGGAGCCCCAGCUGAUGGCCGAGGACAUCCAGAACUUCACGAAGACGGUGGAGAAGAAGAAGAAGAAAUAGUAGUCAGAGUAUAGAAUGAAGGUUUUGACGAGCAGAUGGAUGAAGUGCAUGGAUGUGGAACACAGUGGACAGCACUAAGUAGAUACGUCAUGAUUCGAGAUUGAGAAGUAGGCACUGUGUUUCUAUACGAGCUGGAUUGCUAGUAUUGUUGGCUCUAUCUAAUUAUCUAAUUCCUAAUCAUCCUUCUUUGUGAGUGAGCCAGUCUUAUUAGAAUUAUAACUGACUGUAAUGCAUAAAUAAAAUAUUAUAAUGUAUUACAACUAUGGGAAUUCUAACAUACUAUGAUCCUUGCAAAACAAAUGCCAGCGAGUGCCUGCAAUUUUAUAAAUUGGUAUUAAAUCUUCUGAUACCUGAACAUAUAACUCAUUAUAAAAUACUUAGCAUUUGUUAUGAUUGUUGUUAUAAAGCAUUAUAAAUAUUUAGGAGUGCUUAUAACUAUAACGAUUUAAAAACAAUAAAUAAAUAUCUGCCUGGGAUUAAUGAUGAAAGUAAUACAAAGUCUUUAGUUUAUGUACGUUCAGAGUCAUCAAUAUUUGAUUAGACUCCGUAACCUAGCAUUUCUUCAAUAUGAUUGGUCUGAAAUUUGCAAGGCUUCUUUGAUUAAUCUUUCAGUAUUUCUGUCAAACUCGCUCAAAUAAAGAAUAUGCUGAUA